CCUGCAGCUUCAGAAUCUAGCGGGAAAAGGGCGUAAACUUGAAAUAAAUUGACAAUAGUACCUCACUUAUUUGAGAAAUAGUACCUCACUUAUUUGGAGGUACUUUGGAUUUGAUAAAGACGACGUUCUCCAAACACAGGUACUCUGCCGAACUUGCCGAACACUCGCGGCAACCACCAGAGGAAACACGACUAAUCUCCACCAUCAUCUUCAAUACAACCACAGAGAACUGUUUGAAGAGUUCCAGAAAGAUAGGGCUAGCCAAACAAAGGUUAUUAAAAUUAAGACAAAGAGCACAGCAGUCCAACAGUCGUCUCUGUAUCAGAGUUUUUCAAGUGGAACUCCUUAUGAGAAAACGUCGAAGCGGUACAAAGAAAUAACAGAGGCCAUUAUACAUUUUUUGGCUAAAGACAUGAUGCCUAUAAAUACAGUUAGCAGAGAGGGCUUCACCAGUCUGAUACAUAAAGUGGACCAGAGACACCGCAUCCCCUCACAAAACUAUUUUUCCCAUGUCGCCAUUCCACAAAUGGACAAAACAUGCCGCAAGACCGUCAUGUUUGAACUGAGCCAAGCUAAAAACUACGCAAGCACUACAGACCUAUGGUCAAGUCGUACAACGGAACCAUAUAUGAGCUUCACAGUGCACUUCCUCACUGAAGACUUUGAACUGAAAACACUGUGUCUAGAGACUGUGUAUUUUCCAGACUCUCACACUAGUGAAAAUAUAGCCCAUGUAGUACGAGACGUGUUAGCCAGCUGGGAUCUUAGAGAAGACCGACAAGUGUGCAUCACCACAGACAACGGUGCCAAUGUUGUGAGAGCCACGGAGCUAAACAACUGGGUCAGACUUCAGUGUUUUGGACACAGGCUGCACCUUGCAAUUGAAAAUUCUAUCAAAGAUGAUGCACGCAUUGCCUGAGCCAUUGGACUUUGCAAAAAGUUAGUUGGACAAUUUUGCCACAACUGGAAAGCAAAGAUGGCUCUGAAAAAAGCACAGCAGAAGCUCAACCUCCCAGAGCACACACUCAUCACAGAAUGCCCAACCAGGUGGGGUUCCAGGCAGAAGAUGAUUGAGAGAGUCCUGGAGCAGCAGCGGUCCAUUUCUGAUGUCAUCUCAGCAGACAAGAAAUCAAGACACUUGAUUCCUACUUGGCAGGAUCUUGAGGUACUGGAGUCUGUCAACCAGGCAUUACACCGC